AAAUUUUUGCCCGAUCGAGAAUGUAAUCGUUUCACGAACCAGUUGGCCGUUGGCGUUUCUCGUCGCAAGACGUUGAGUACGUGUUUCGCGUCGUAAAUUCUAUAUUGAUUUGUUAAUACUGUACUCUGCGUCAACAAACUAAUCUAUUUUUUAUAGAGUUUUAAUGUUAUAAUAAUAGUGAAUUUUAUAAUACAAGUUCAAACAGAAGUGUCGUUUUUUUUUAAAUAUUCAUCACAUUAGUCAAAUAACACAUUUGGAAUACAAAAUAUGUACUUGCUGAAAAAUGAGAGUGAUAACUGUUAAUGUCGUUCUUCAGUCAAGAGUUGGGAGUUAGGAUAAAUGAUUUUAUGGCCAAAGUGGUAGCAAACGAUAAAUUAUCCGGUCUCUACAUCGGUACUUAUGGCAGCAGUGAACCUGUUGCACUCCGCCAGGAGCAACAGCAACAUCAGCAGCUGAAACAACAACACCAACAACAGCAGCUGCAACAGCAGCAACAUGAGGAACUGCAGCAGAUCCGAAAUGGCAGUGUCCAGGUCGGUUACGACAAUUUGGACAAGUGCAUCGCGUACGCCGAUUCGGUGGCCAAGUGCGGCAGAGUAUGCGAAUCCCUGUAUCUGUACGCCCAGUGUUUCCGGGUGGGCCCACUACCAGCCGACUGUCUGUGGCACGUGACCUCGGCUUUCCUCGACCUGAUCCGACAGCAGUUCGACGACUCCCAGACAAGCCCAAAACCAUCGUCACCGCCACAACAACAACAACUACUACUACUACAGCAGCAACACAACAACCAUCAGGAACACCAAAGCCACAUCCAUCAUCACGAUACCCGGCAAAACCAUCAGCAGCAACAGUCCUGUCCGUUCGUCUGCUGCGCUUGCAACCUAGUGCUUCGAGAACCAAUCACGUUGCUAUGCGGUCACACGUGUUGCCGGAGGUGCGGGGGUGGUGCCGUCUGCAAACCGUUAGUGUGCCACAAGUGCGGUGGGCGCACGCCAUUCCAGCCACACGUAGACGUACUCGUUAAGUCGUUGGUCGAGAAAUUGUGGCCAGUGCAGUUGCGGGCCUCCGAGCUGCUGGACGAGGGAAAGGCCUUGUACAGACAGGGCAAGAUCCACGCGGCCCUCAUAAAGUUCAACCAGGCGUAUUACACCGGAGGUGAAAAUUAUGAUUUGUUGAACAUCAGAUCAAGGACGCUGCUUAAACUUGGAUUCAACGAAAACGCUCUUUUGGACGCUGUCCGUGUGGUUCAAAUAAAUCCAAAGUGGUCCAAAGGACAUUUCACUCGUGGCAUGGCGUUGUUUUCUCUGAGGAGGUACCAAGAGGCGUUAUUAGAGUUUUCGUUGAGCGCAGUGCUCGGCGAAAACCUGCAAAAACUCCAACCACAAAUUAACGAGGUGCUGCAAAGGUUACUGACAAUGUAUUCCAAUGAAGAUCAAGAUCUAAAGAGUUGGAAUCCCAUAACUCACAGUUACUUAAGAUCGUACUUGAACACGUUUAUCAACAGAUCCAACGUAUUCGACAACAGUUCAAACUCUUUAAAAAAAUCUAUUGCAAAAGAAAGUACAUUCAUAAAAAAUCAACUCUGUAAAAUCAGCUCGAUAACUGAAUUGGUCCAACAUAUUUUUGUUGAAGUAACGCAGACUAAACAUUACACUUCAAGUGUCCUAAUCAAUAACACGCUAAAUGUGGACCAGUCGUUGCUGGACGAAUCAGAUUUCAAUUGCGUUCUGUGUUGUGGAAUGUUGAGGAACCCAGUGACGACACCGUGUGGGCACACAUACUGCUCAGAUUGUCUAGAACACAAUUUCGAUUACAGUUUCCACUGUCCGUUGUGUCUGACGUCACUGCCACCCAGCUUAGCGCUGAGCAACAAGAACAUUUCGGCAUUCGUCAACGAGCUGAUCGUCUACAAGUAUACCAAAAACGGUCCCAUGCAGACAGUGAACUGGAAACCAGAAGCGGAACAUGAUAGCACGUACUUGCCGGUGUUCGUGUGCACGAAUGCUUUCCCGUCCGUGUCAUGUCCGCUGCACGUGUUCGAACCGAGGUACAGACUGAUGAUUAGGAGGUGCAUAGAAUCGGGUACGAGGAGAUUCGCCAUGAUCAGCAACUGCUGUCCUCCCAUGAAGUUCGCCGAGUUUGGGACAGUAUUAGAAAUAAAAGAUCGGAUUAUGAUGGGUAAUGGUUGCUCUAUUCUGUCGACAAUCGGAACAAGGCGAUUCAAAGUGUUAGUCCGAAAAGAACACGAUGGCUAUGAUAUGGCCACUGUGCAAUACAUACAGGACGAAAAAGUUCCUCCAAAAAAAUUACUAGAAUUAUAUAAACUUCACGAUGAUGUUCGGCAACGGGGAUUAACGUGGUUCGACGGUUUUCGGCCCGAAAUAAAAUCGGAAAUCCUGAGAACGGUUGGUUUUCCGCCGAGUAUUGAACCAAAAUGGGAAGAACUGUCCGACGGUCCAGCUUGGACGUGGUGGUUGUUAUCGUUAUUACCACUGGGUCAAAACGCUCAUGUGGACCUCUUGGCGAACACUAGUAUUGAAGUCCGGUUAAAAGUGAUCAACAAAAUUCUCAGUCGCAUCGAACGCAGCUCGUUGUCCCUAAGAAUGACGUCGUCGUCACCAAUGCAGUAUGAUGAUUGAUAUUAAUCAAUAAUGACCAACUAUAUUAUAAUGAUUAUAUUAUGUCAAUGAUACUAUUAUUACAUAUAUUUUUAACGCGGUUAGACGACUGGAAAUCUCUACAACAGUGACCACUUAUUAAUUUAUGUUUAUACAAUAUUAGAUUAAUUAGGGCAGCGGGUGAUGAUGUAGUCCGAUCUUAUGAUUAUUAUAAUUAUUAUUAUUUAUAUGUACCUCCACUGCAGUAUCAUUACGCAUUGGACGUAUAUAAUAGGUAUGUCUGACGUCCAACGUCUCGAAUAAUAAUAUUAUUUCAUUGUCAUUAUUAUUAUAAUUAUUAUCGUACAAUAUAUUCUGUGAUCUCCGAAUCUGGUCAAUAAUAUUCAGUUGUUGAUAAAUAAUAUCAUCACGCGAACUUAGGUAAAUUAAACUAUUUUGUGUUAAUACGUCAUAAUACAUCAACUUUCUGAAAUCAAAGAAAAUAACUACCACAAAAUGUACCGGAUUCAUCUCAAUUUAUUAUUUAAGAUAACGCACAUUUUCACUAUAGUGUGAACAAUAAAUUAGUUCGUUAGGAUAAUUAUUAGGAUUAUUAUAUUUCCAAUUGAAAGUCAUACCGGUAAAGCUAAUAUUAAUAUAAUUUCGAAUUAUCAUGGUAAUUUUUGCUUUUUGAUCAUUACUGCAACGAAUUCUCAAUUUAUUAUGGUAUGUUGAUAAAUUUUUAAAUUACAUAAAAGUCACUUUUGGGGUUCAAUUGUGAUAUUGAAAUGUAUAAUUGCGUAUUUAUUAGUAAAGUUUAUUAUAUUUUUAUCAUUUAACAUGUUUACUACCUCUUUAAGAACGCAGGUGGUAGGGGGAUCUUUUUAAGGUUUUUUUUUCUGAACUUGAUUAUCAUUAUUGUUAACUUACAAAAAAUAAAUAUUCUUUAUUUCUCGUUUGAUAGGCUCAUGUUUUUCUUAGCAUACAUUUCAAGUUCUAUAAAACGUGUGAUUACCCAAUUACUGCUGUUAGAGAGGUAAUAUCCUGCGGUCCAUUAAAAUGGAUUACUAGUCGUUAAUUUUCUUAUCGAUAGUUAAAAUAAUUUAGAAAGACAAAUCGUAAUUUUUUACUUUUAUUUGUUUUUUUGUUCUGUAACUACUGUCGACACAGACAUAAAUACCUACAGAAAUUAUAAACCAUGUUAAUGUACUUUAUAUUAUUAUGUAUAAUUAUUUAUUAUAUUCAUGUGUUUCUAAUUUAUUUUUUGUGAAUGCUUAUUAUUGUUAUUUUGUGAAAACUUUUAUUUAUAGAAUGUAAUAUUAUUGGCAAUUACCUACACGAUUUUAUCAGUGUAUAAUUGCUGCUUAUAUACCGGAUUUUUGUACCCAAACCAACAUUUUAUGGGAAUUUAUUGUUUUGAUAGAUAAGUUUUUGAAUAAGUAUUACAAUUACUUAUAAAAAUAAAUAUAUACAUAUUAUGUGUUACCUAAACAAAUUUAUUAAUUGUUAACGAACAAUUAAAACCUAUGUGAAC